GGCCGGAGCCGCAGACAGCGGCAGAGGAGGCGGAGGGCACGUCCUGACAGCGCGGAGCGGGGCAGCCGCAGCCCGACGGCGGGGCAUGGAGCCGCGCUAGGCGCUGCGGGCUGCCCCUGCCACGCGCCCGGAGCCCGGCUGCAAGGUCAAACUAUGUUGGUGCAGACCCUUUUGGCAGCCGGGAGACACGCCGGAUCCUGGUGACAGCAAUGUAAACUUGAAUUCAGCAGAAUCUCAGAAGUCCUGUAAAAUGGAGGAACUGUAUAAGGACACACAAAACCUGCCCAUGGAUGUUACCAGCAAUCCUUCCACAAUAGCCAACAAUAAACUAGAAAAUGGAGUUGCUCAGCUGAUAACAGCUGAAGCCUGGAACAUCAACUCAACAGACUUGAUGAAGAAAGCACUUUCUCCACUUGUGACUGUCCCAGCCCCUUCCAUCCUCACCCCACCCGCCGAGUCCCAAAGUGGGGUCGCUCUUAAAGUAGCAGCCACAGUGCUCCAGCCAAUUUGUUUAGGGGACAGCCCUGUGGUUCUGCCAAUACACUUGCAAGUAGCAGGGAGUACCACCCCUCAGAUUACUCCCAGCAACAAUACUCCCUACGUUAUGACAACUCAAGGUCCGGUUCCACUACCUGUCCUCUUAGAGCAACAUGUGUUUCAGCAUUUAAAUUCUCCACUGGUAUUACCUCAGGGUGCUCCCUGUGCUACAAAUCCCAUUCACAACAAUAUUUUCCAGGGUUCUUCUACCCCUGUUGCACAACCCCAGCUACUGGAUCAGAAACCAUCUAGCCAGACCCAGGAGCCUGUCCUACCCCCAGUGUUUCAGACACCGGGGUUUGCAGCAGUCCUUCAGGAUUUGUUUCCUUCCCAGGGCACCUUAGGCUCUACUCCCUGUCAGCCACCUCCCGAUUACUCUUCUCUCCCACCCCAGGCUUUUAGUUCCCCUCUGUCUCCAUUAGUACCUCCUGCCACCCUUCUGGUACCAUACCCUGUGAUUGUUCCUCUGCCUGUCCCAGUCCCCAUUCCUAUCCCUGUCCCGAUUCCCGUGCCUCACAGUCCUGAAUCCAAGGUCAACCCGGACUACCCCAAGACGCCAUCGUUCACUCCACAUUCCUGCAAAGGCACCCAAACCCCUCUGGAGAAGGAGGAGUCAAAACCCUUUGACUUCAUCCCCACAAGGGAAUUUUCACAACUUAAUCGCCACACUGUCAUCAAGAUGAGCAAUGAGAAUGAAGCCCUGGACCUCUCCAUGAAAACGAUGCCCUUGCUAAAGGCAAGUGAAGCCAGUCCUCAGGUCUCACCUGAAGAUGGAGCUUUAGACUUGUCCAUUGCUUCCUGUAGGAAGACGGGCAGUAUGGCGGUCCAGGCUGAAGCAGCUAGUGCCCUUUCCUCUGGCUCCAUAAUGGACAGUGCUGCUCAUGCCAUGGCAGAUAAACUCUCUGGUGUUGCAGCUCCUUUUAUCCCUUCAAAACCACAUGAAACCUCAGCCAAGGUUGACAGCAGAAUCAUCAGUAGCAACUCAUCCGAGCUCCUGAGACAACAGCAAAAGUGGCUGGUGGAUCAGACUAGCAGAACAUCCUGUGAGCCCAAGACUGGGAAUAAUAUUGAGAUCGUGAGCACUUCACAGACAGCCAAAGUGAUAGUCUCUGUCAAAGAUGCUGUGCCCACUAUUUUCUGUGGCAAGAUAAAAGGCCUCUCGGGAGUAUCCACCAAAAACUUUUCCUUCAAAAGGGACAUGCCACAGGACUCUGUGCUGCAGUGUUACGAUGUGAAGAAUCAGCCAGAGUCCAGGGAUAAUGCAGAAGCUCUUAGAAAACCUGUCAAAAACAGGAGUGUAAAGUUAAAGAAAAUGAACUCACCGGAAAUACAUAUUCUUCCAAUCAAGAAGCAACGGCUCGCUGCCUUUUUUCCAAGAAAGUAAAUUAUGAGUUUUUAGAAUUUUAAGAUAUAAUAAUAAUUAUUAUUAUGAAAUAAAAUAAAAUAACAUGCACUUGGUUUAAAAUGCAUUUAAAACUUUUAAACUAUCUCUGUAAGUUAUUUUUGGGGGGAAUGGAAGAAGUUCAUAUGUAGAUUCCCUAUAAGCUGGGGCUGUCGUUUUUUUUUUUUUGUUGGGGUUUUUUUGGUUUUUUGGUUUGGUCUUUCUGGUUGAUUUUUUUUUUUAAUUUUUUUUUUACUUUCAUGAAAAAGUAAAUAAAAAGCAACUUAUUUUUCAAGCGGAUUGCACAUUUUGCAGCUUUAAUGGAAAAAUGGAUGAGUCAGAGGGGUGAGAGCUAUUUUCACUGCCAUAAAGUGCUUUGAUGAUGUAAUUCUUAAUAAUGGGUAGAAUGGACAUUUCAAAAUAAAUGUUUGUAUGUGCUAAUUGGUUGCGGUAUUUUGUCAUUUAUAAAUUGCUUUCAUUCUAUGGAAAGGUUUGGCAAAAGUCUGUAAACUGUAAAGCACUACAAGUUUAUCUGUGUUAUAGCCCUAUAAUGUUAAGAUCACCAGGCUCAGAAAAAUUAUAUUGCGCAAUAGCACCAUCAGAGAGCACCUCUGAACAGCCAGUAAUGAUACGUUUUGAUCUGUCUUCAAUAAAAGUGAAAGAAAGAUUCAUGUUAUACAUAACAAACGCACAGGAAAUCCCAGCUUGAUUAGUAGAAACAAAUAUAGAUCAGUUUGUAAUUGCUAAACAUAAAUGCUGAUUUAAAAGGGAAAAACAGAACAAAACCUAAAAGUUGGGGGAAUUUGACAGCGGGUGAGGAAAAAACUCAUAAUUUUUCCCAGCCUGAAUAUAGAUAUAUGGAACAGUUGUUCAUUGUUAGUUUUACCAUUUCUUGAUGGCUGAAACCAAUGCACAUGAAAGAGUAGAACAAUGUAACUUUAUUACGUAACAGUGUAAAAGCCACCCACAUGAAUGGCAAAAUGUGAAUGUAAAAUUCAAAUAAAAAUUCUGCUAGGUAA